UGCCCUGGUUACCGUUAGUGUUUGCGAAUUCUCAGUAGUGCCUUCGCUGGAGACCAGCGUCGCCUAGCUCGCGCGCCCGCGUCACGUGGGCCGAGGCGCCCUCGCGGUCGCUGGCGGGCGGCUAAGCCGGGAAGAAGCUGCGGACACCGCUCGCUGUCCCUCUGCGCUCCAGCAAAAAUGGCGAAAUGGGGGUAGUCGCCUUGGAGCCCGAAGUGAUGGGGCGCGCAGGUGGGGCGGUUGUCGGAGCCCCCUGAGGUGUGUGCCUGGCUAUUCUCAGCGAUUUGACUGGGAGACCUCGGGCUGUCGCCUAAGAGGUCAGAAGACAGAGACCGCGGGGCGCCGAGGGCCCCGCCGAGAGCCGGAGGCAAUGGAUGAACAGAGCGUGGAGAGUAUAGCUGAAGUUUUUCGAUGUUUCAUUUGUAUGGAGAAAUUGCGGGAUGCACGCCUGUGUCCUCAUUGCUCCAAGCUUUGUUGUUUCAGCUGUAUUAGGCGCUGGCUGACAGAGCAGAGAGCUCAGUGUCCUCAUUGCCGUGCUCCACUUCAGCUGCGAGAAUUAGUAAAUUGUCGUUGGGCAGAAGAAGUAACACAACAGCUUGAUACUCUUCAACUCUGCAGUCUUACCAAACAUGAAGAAAAUGAAAAGGACAAAUGUGAAAAUCACCAUGAAAAACUUAGUGUAUUUUGCUGGACUUGCAAGAAGUGUAUCUGCCAUCAGUGUGCACUUUGGGGAGGAAUGCAUGGUGGACAUACCUUUAAGCCUCUGGCAGAAAUUUAUGAGCAGCAUGUCACUAAAGUGAAUGAAGAGGUAGCCAAACUUCGGCGACGUCUCAUGGAACUGAUCAGCCUAGUUCAAGAAGUGGAAAGAAAUGUAGAAGCUGUAAGAAAUGCAAAAGAUGAACGUGUUCGGGAAAUUAGGAAUGCAGUGGAGAUGAUGAUAGCACGGUUAGACACUCAACUGAAGAAUAAGCUUAUAACACUGAUGGGUCAGAAGACAUCUCUAACGCAAGAAACAGAGCUGUUGGAAUCCUUACUUCAGGAGGUGGAGCACCAGUUGCGGUCUUGUAGUAAGAGUGAGUUGAUAUCUAAGAGCUCAGAAAUCCUCAUGAUGUUUCAGCAAGUUCAUCGAAAGCCCAUGGCAUCCUUUGUUACCACCCCUGUUCCACCAGACUUUACCAGUGAAUUAGUACCAUCUUAUGAUUCAGCUACUUUUGUUUUAGAAAAUUUCAGCACUUUGCGUCAGAGAGCAGAUCCUGUUUACAGUCCACCUCUUCAAGUUUCAGGACUUUGCUGGAGGUUAAAAGUUUACCCAGAUGGAAAUGGAGUUGUCCGUGGUUACUAUUUAUCUGUGUUUCUAGAACUCUCAGCUGGUUUACCUGAAACUUCCAAAUAUGAAUAUCGUGUAGAGAUGGUUCACCAGUCUUGCAAUGAUCCUACUAAAAAUAUCAUUCGAGAAUUUGCAUCUGACUUUGAAGUUGGAGAAUGCUGGGGCUAUAAUAGAUUUUUCCGUCUGGACUUACUUGCAAAUGAAGGAUACUUGAAUCGCCAAAAUGAUACAGUGAUUUUAAGGUUUCAGGUACGUUCACCCACUUUCUUUCAAAAAUGUCGGGACCAGCAUUGGUAUAUUUCUCAGUUGGAAGCUGCACAGACUAGUUACAUCCAACAAAUAAACAACCUUAAAGAGAGACUUACUAUUGAACUGUCUCGAACUCAAAAAUCAAGAGAUUUGUCGCCACCAGAUAAUCAUCAUAGCCCCCAAAACGAUGACGCUUCAGAGACACGAGCUAAGAAGUCUGCAUGUUCUGAUAUGCUUCUUGAGGGUGGUCCCACUCCAUCUUCUAUAAGGGAGGCCAAAGAGGAUGAAGAAGAUGAGGAGAAGAUUCAGAAUGAAGAUUAUCAUCAUGAGCUGUCAGAUGGAGAUCUGGAUCUGGAUCUUGUAUGUGAAGAUGAAGUAAAUCACCUCGAUGGCAGCAGUUCCUCUGCUAGUUCCACAGCAACAAGUAACACAGAAGAAAAUGACAUUGAUGAAGAAACUAUGUCUGGAGAAAAUGAUGUGGAAUAUAACAACAUGGAGUUGGAAGAGGGAGAACUCAUGGAAGAUGCAGGUGCUGCAGGAACUCCAGGUAGUAGCCAUGCCUACGUGGGUGCCAGUAGCAGAAUGUCGAGAAGAACACAUUUAUGCUCUGCUGCUACCAGCAGUUUAUUAGACAUUGAUCCCUUAAUUUUAAUACAUUUGCUGGACCUUAAGGAUCGGAGCAGUAUAGAAAAUUUAUGGGGCUUACAGCCUCGCCCACCUGCUUCACUUUUGCAGCCUACAGCAUCAUAUUCUCGAAAAGAUAAAGACCAAAAGAAGCAGCAGGCCAUGUGGAGGGUGCCCUCUGACUUAAAGAUGCUGAAAAGACUCAAAACUCAAAUGGCUGAAGUUCGAUGUAUGAAAACUGAUGUAAAGAAUACACUUUCAGAAAUAAAAAGCAGCAAUGCCGCUUCUGGAGACAUCCAGACAAACCUUUUUUCUGCUGACCAGGCAGCUCUGGCUGCAUGUGGAGCCGAAAAUUCUGGCAGAGUACAAGAUUUGGGAAUGGAAAUCCUGGCAAAGUCAUCAGUCUCCAGUUGUUACAUACGAAACUCCACAGCUAAGAAGAGUAAUUCACCCAAGUCAGCUCGGUCCAGUAUAGCAGGUAGUUUGUCACUUCGAAGAGCGGUGGACUCUGGAGAAAAUAAUCGUUCAAAGGGAGAUUGUCAGGCUCUGUCUGAAGGUUCUCCAGGAAGCUCUCAGACUGGGAGCCGGCACAGUUCUCCUCGAGCCUUGAUACAUAGCAGUAUUGGUGAUAUUUUGCCAAAAACUGAAGACCGGCAUUGUAAAGCUUUAGAUUCCGAUGCCGUUGUGGUUGCAGUUUUCAGUGGCUUACCUACUAUUGAUAAAAGAAGGAAAAUGGUCACCUUGGGGGCUAAUGCUAAAGGAGGUCAUUUGGAAGGAAUGCAGAUGACUGAUUUGGAAAAUAAUUCUGAAACAGGGGAGUUACAGCCUGUGUUACCUGAAGGAGCUUCAGCUGCCCCUGAGGAAGGAAUGAGUAGUGACAGUGACAUCGAAUGUGACACUGAGAAUGAGGAGCAGGAAGAGCACCCCGAUGUGGGCGGAUUUAACAGCUCUUUUAUGGCACAGCCUCCAGACGAAGAUACACAUUCCAGUUUUCCUGAUGGUGAACAAAUAGGCCCUGAAGAUCUCAGCUUCAGUAAUGAUGAAAACAGUGGAAGGUAAUUUGCCAAAUCAAGAGAACUGACUUGCAAGCUACCUUGAUUCUCAAUUUUGCUGUGGUUGGUGCUCAAAUUUGUCAUCGGUCAGAUAAUUGGAUUUGGUAUUUUUUCUUCAUGUCUACUUGAAGUAAUAAUUUGGAAACCGUUAGAAAGUACCGCAAUUCUCAUAUAAAACACUAGUACGUGGGGAAUAAUUAAUAGGAUGAGGAGAGUUCUUUGUAAUGUAAUCAAAUAACAUCCUCAAUGUAGGAAAUUUGUACACUCAUGAAAGGCAGUUUACUACAACAGAGGCCAGUUACCGCCAGAAUAUGCACCUGCAGACGAUGUACCUGCAUCUGUGCUCUGGGACCUGCUCCGCCUCCGUGCUCUCCUGGCGAGACAGUUGUGUUCAGUUGACCACCUUUAUAGUUUUGAGUUUUAAACACAGUUUAUAGUUUUAUUAGUGAACAGAACAACUAUUUAUCAACAGAUUCUACCCCAUAGACACUUUAUGUGAAUAACUGAAGUAACACUAGACCAAAUCUACUCUUCGGAGCACGUUGACAGACUAAGGUUUAUCUUUUCUCAUUCGUUCAAGUACAGGCACACUGUUUAAUGGCAUAGAUUCUCUCUGUUGGGGACUUUUGCAAAUGUAAUUUUAAAUGAAUUAAGUUAAUGUGGAUUGGUUAUGUUCCUGGUCAUGCAGACGGACACAUGUAAAAGUAUUUAAAAUUAUUUCAAUUUUUCUGCCUCUUAUAUAAUUUUAGUGCAAAAAAUAUUUUAAAGCCUUCUUUCAUUAGUUGUACAUUAGUUUCAAUGUCGGUACAUUUAAAGAGUCACACAUACUGGACCAUGGCUUACAUCAAGGUGGAACGGUGAUAAAAGGUUUUCUCUUGUAUUCAUAAUUAACCCAGAAUUAUUACCAAGCUUUGCCAUUGUGUCCCUGCAUUUGUGUUUGAGCUGCUAUAUAUCUGUGAAAAUUACACUGAAAGUUGUCUUAGAAACCAUUGAGAAAGCAUGAAUAAUUAUAUAUACAUGUGAGAGGCGUCUCAUCUGCUAUAUUUUACUUAAUGAAUAUGUGUAUUGUUCACUCUUCCAUGUCUGAUGUCUUCCUGAACGCCAUGACACAUAGUUUACUUUUGUUCAAAAUAGUUUGCACUUUUUGUUAAUAAAAUGAACUUCAAAAAAUA